AUGGCGGUUAGUCAGUCGGUGGUUGGCCGCAACAAUGCGGAGAAGGCCCAUGGUUUCAUGGGUAUGCUCAAGAAUCCCUAUGUCUUCUUGACAUGUUGUUUCGCAUCCCUCGGUUGUAUCAUGUACGGUUAUGACCAGGGUGUGAUGGGCCCUGUCCUGGUCAUGGAGAACUUUGAGAACCACUUCCCGACUUUCAUGGGUUCUACCAUCCAGGGUUGGUUGGUAUCUGCUCUUGAGCUUGGUGCUUGGGCUGGUGCUUUGAUCAACGGUGUCCUUGCGGACCGCAUUUCCCGCAAGUACUCCAUGAUGGUGGCUGUCAUUAUCUUCACUCUUGGUACUGGUCUCCAGGCUGGUGCCCAGACCCCGGCCUACUUCUUCGCCGGCCGUAUCAUCGGUGGUAUUGGUAUUGGUAUGUUCUCUAUGGUCAUUCCUCUCUACCAAGCCGAAAUUGCUCCUCCCGAGCUGCGUGGUUCUCUCGUGUCCCUGCAGCAGCUCUCCAUCACCAUCGGUACCUCAAUUGCCUUCUGGCUCGACUACGGCAUGCAAUUCGUCGGUGGUAACACCUGCAAUCCCGAGGGCAUUUCCAACCCCUACCUCGCCGACGGAACCUACAACGCCGCUGUCAACAACGGACACACCUGCCUGGGACAGAAGACCAUUGCCUGGCGCCUGCCUUUGGCCCUGCAGAUCAUCCCUGCCUGGAUUCUGUUCUUCGGCAUGUUCUACUUCCCCUUCUCUCCCCGUUGGUUGAUGAUGAAGCACCGCGAGGAAGAGGCCCUCUCCUCUCUCUCCCGUCUGCGUCGUCUUCCUGCCACCGACCCUCUGGUUCGGGCCGAAUUCCUUGAGAUCAAGGCUGCUGUGAUGUUCGACGAGGAGAGUGAGCGCGAGAUGAUUGGCAAUGAUGGUCGUCUUGGUCCCUGGAAGGCUCUGUUCGCCCCCAACAUGCUCAAGCGUCUGUGGCUCGGCUGCGGAACCAUGAUUUGCCAACAGUUUACUGGUAUCAACGCCGUUCUCUACUACGCUCCUCAGAUCUUCAAGAGUUUCGGUUUCUCCUCCACCAAGCAGACUCUCCUCGCUACUGGUGUGACCGGUAUCUUGCAGAUCGUCUUCACCAUGCCUACUGUCCUGUGGCUUGACAAGUUCGGUCGUAAGACCUUCCUGAUCGUUGGUGCCAUCGGCAUGUUCUGCUGUCACAUCGUCGUCGCUACUGUCGAGGGUAUCUACGAGCCCAAGUGGGACCUCAACCUUGGUCUCGACAAGGCACAAGGUUGGGUGGCUAUUGUCUUCAUUUGGCUCUUUGCUGUUAACUUCGCCUACUCUUGGGGUCCCGUCGCUUGGGUUUUGACCCAGGAAAUCUUCCCCAACAGCCAGCGUUCCCGCGGUGUCGCCAUCGUCGCCUCAACCAACUGGUUGUUCAACUUCAUCAUUGGUCUGACCACCAAGGACAUGCUCGACAACAUGAAGUACGGUACCUACAUCUUCUUCGCCAUCUUCAGUGGUCUGGGUGGUCUCUUCAUCUGGUACUUUGCUCCCGAGACCAAGGACAAGACUUUGGAGGAGCUGGAUAUUUACUUCGGUGGCUCCGAUGCUACCAUCGCCGCCGCCGAUCGCGAGCGCAUGGAGCGUAUCUACGAGACUCUUGGCCUGGCCGGUGUCGAGAACGUUGAGGACCUCAAGGUUGCCGUCACUGCUGACCAAAUUGAGGUCUCCCACGAGACCAAGGCUUAG